AUGACCCUUAGCCACCGAAUCAACCGAACGAGGAAUGACCUCCAGUGUAACGCCUUGGCUGAGUCCUUUUAUCGGUACCGAGGUAACGUCAUCCGCUCUCUCAGAGAGGAUAUCAACGUGGAACAUAAACGUACGGGCGAUAUCGUCAUUGCCGGAAUCAUGUCGCUUUUACUCGCGGACGUCCAGCAAGGCGCCUUGUCAAACUGGCGAUGCCACCUCGAGGGAAUCCAGAGAUUAAUCACGCUGCGCGGCGGUAUUCGUGCACUGGCCGGAUCCCAAAACUUAGAGCCGCUGCUUCUUUGCUCCAUGUCCGUUGCAGUUAUGGGGAACACAACAUGCCCGGCAUCAGACCUCGCCAUGACCAGUUCGCACCUCGACGAACUUGACUUCAUACUAGAACAGUAUGGCCGUGGAAUAUCUCCCUUCCAAAUGUGUCCGCCGCCCCUGUUCGCCGAGAUCAUCAAGAUCAAUCACCUUCGGAUGCGAGCCGCGAAAUAUGAACCCACUGGGACGGAGGACCACUCGCAAGAGGCGUACGAAAUACUGGGCCGUAUCCACGGUUUCUCGCCCGAACAAUGGGCCGAGUCCAAGCCCUCGUCGAAAGAAGACUGGAUGCUUCUAGGCAACGUAUACCAGGCCGCCGUGGCAUUAUACGGCAUCUCGUCAUUGCAGAGCCUGUCGCUUCUGCCCCUAACCUGUUCACUGAGAACCCAUUGCGCCACACACGGCCGGUUUCUACAGGUGCUUCUCAAUGAGGCGCUGUCAUCCCCAAGGACCAAACGAUUCGUGCUUUGGCCGCUGGUCUUGCUCGGCAUGGAAGCCGUGAACGGUGGCGCGGCGAUGCGCGCUUUCGUUGAGAAGCAGCUGCCUCAGAUGAGUCGCCAUGUCGGCACACACGUGCCACUGACGGCGAAGGGUGUCCUGGAGAGAUUCUGGGCUUCAGGCGAGACGCGUUGGGAUGCUUGCUUCGAUAGACCUUACGUGUUCGUGGCACAGAUUGCCGUGGACCUUAGCGGGAUAUUGCCAUUGUGCUAG